GUGUGUGAAUCCUUAACCCACUGACCGAAGCCAGGAUCGAACCGCUUUCCCAUGGAUACUAGUCAGGUUUCCCACCAAGCCAAAACGGGAAUUCCAUGAAUCAUUUUAAAUGUAAUAUUUGGGUAACAUCAGAAAACUGUAUUUGAAUCUAAAACUCAUUUGUAUCAUUGGCCAUUUAUGGCUCAAUUGACCUUUUAAAUAUUCUGAAUCCAAACAUUUUUCAAAUAUAGUUUCGAAUAUAUGCAUUAAUAACUCAUUUUAACAUGUGUGCUGCUAGAUUUUAAUUUGGGCAAAAAAUACAAACUACAUAUACAUUUUUAUGCUGCCCUAAGAGAUUCUUUAAAACAAUUUCAUUCUUUAAGUUACUUAGUUUUCUUAAUAAGACAAUAGGGAUCUCCAUGGAGCAAUGCUUAAAAUCAAAUUUUGGUGUGAUAAAGUGUGGUAAAUGAUUCAAAUUUUCAGUAAUUACUAUGAUGCUGAUUUGAAGUAAAUUUUACAUAGGGCUUCUUUGAGUACUUUUACAUUUAUUUUCUUAAUUUAGUUCUAAGCAAUCCUACAGGGGUAGUUAUUUUCAUUGCUAUAAUAUGUAAACAAUAAUCUCUGAUCACUCACUGUGAUUAAUAAGUAUAAAUAAACAAAACAGUCAAUCUCUUGUGGAGUUUAUAUCUGAGAGACCCAGAAAAGUCAUAAAAAUUAAAAAGAAAUGUACCAGUGAACACAACUGAAUAUAAGCGAGAACAGGCUGGAUUUUCAGUCAUGUGAACAGAGUGUUUACAAAAGAAAAAGAAAUUAGCUUCUAGCCCUUUAGGUGACUGAGAUGUCAAACUUAUUAUUAAACAUUAUUACGGACAUUUUCAAACGUAUAUAAGUUGAUGUAAUUAGAUAAUGAACUCCCAUGUAAUUGGUUUUACAAUCAUCAUUUAACCAAUCUUGUUUCUUCUAUCCUUCUAAUACUGUUUUUGUGUAUAUAGGUGGGAGGAGGAGGGGGUUGAAGAUGGGAGUGGGAGUGUUUUAAAGUAAAACCUAGACAUAUCAUUUCACCCUAACUUCUUCAGCUUGUAUGUCUUAGAGAUAAGAACUCUUUUUAUUUUAUACCACUUUCUUUUCUUUAUAUGAAUGCAAUAUCAUUAUUACAUUCAGCAAAUUUAGCAGGAAUCCUUUACUAUCAGAAGUGGCUUGGCCAAAAUGUAAGCUGCGUAACUAGGAUUUGAAUUCGGGUUCUCUGGCUCCUACACGAUUCCUUUUUCAAGCCUUUUAAAACAAGGAACAGUUGUCUUUUUUUAAGGGAAUGGGUGCCUCAAAGCAAACGUGGAGUAAUUAAUUAUGUUUGUAAUGUGUAGACUGAGAGGCUGUAUAUAAAGGAGAGAGGAAGUGACCACUGUUUACAGUGAACAAUUUGAUUGCUAAAUAUAUUUAUAGUUUCCCUUUAUUCCUUUUUUUUUUUUUUGACAUCAGCAGAAAUGUAUUUGCAUAUCUGCUUUGUUUUCCAGGGUCAGUUCAAAGCUCAGGAGAGAAUAUGGUGCUCUUCUCAUUUGGGCCCCCACUAACCUUGAGACUUAAGAUAUUGUCUUUGCAAUAUCUACUUUUCCUAAGUUCCAUGUGCGCAUGAUUAGCAAAAGCAAUCUUUACCUUGUCAAGUUACCUCUGAUUUCAUAAAUACCCCUUCUUUUCCCAGCCAAUAGCAUUCUCAUGUGUCCUCUUUUAAUGGUUUAACUGACUGACAUGUAAACCUAUAAUGCUAAGCUGGAAAUGUACUUUACUAUUGUACAUUCUAGCAUCCUACUUUUUCCUAGCAAUAUAUUGCUUUCAUGCACAUCCAACAAAAACAGUCAGUUGAGGGAAACUGACAGAUGUGCCAACCCUCUGUCCUAAGGAUGAUCCUUUUGAUCCUGGAUUAGUCAUUCAUUCCACAAAUAUUUAUUUAGCACCUGUCUUGUGCUGGAACACAUAUGUGAAUAGAAUAGACAAAUAGAAUCCUGCCUUCUCAGAGCUUACAUUUAAGAAACUUUUAAACAAAGUUUCUUAGCAACCCUAUGCUUUUUCAUCUCAUUUUCAUUUAUUAAUUUAUGUGUUAAUUCCCUCAUCAACAAACACACAGAGUGUCUAUCAUUGCCAAAUAAGGUUGAGAUCAGAAGUCAUUACCUAUUUUAAUAUCAUUCUGGUGAAGGAAUUGAAGGGUGUAAUAUGAAUCAUUAUAUACCCUUAACACAAAACUGGUUUCCACUUAAUAUUUUCCUGGUUAUUUCCCUGAUUAUCCCAUAUUCUCUCUCAAAUGUUUCAGUGUUAUACAGGAAUAAAGUCCUCCUGCCUAUUCAGUAUUAGAAGUUAGAACUAAAUUAGAACUAAGGGCAAAAACCAUAAAUUUUGAGGCACACAUGUGCCAAAGAAAACAAAGGCGUUCCUGAGUGGAGGAGGUUGAGAGAUGAAAUGUUUUUAAAACACAGGACCAGUAGGAUAGGAUGGUUCAUUUUUGUUGGGAAGUAGAGUUCACAUGUUUAUGAUGUCACUAGAUGUUUCUGCCAAUGAGGAGUCAGGAAGCGACCACAAGUUCUGCUCUUGAAGAGAAGGCUAGGAUGGGCCUCAGUGAUAAAAGGUGCCGUGGAAAACAAAGUGUAAUCAAAAGAUGAAAGCUGAAACAGAAAAAUUAAAAGAAGAAAUAAAAGAAAAGUCAACACCCUUUUGUGUGAAAUGUGGGAUAGUUAAACCAUAUCGCAUUCUUAUCCUCGUCUGCACUUUCAGUGGUUCUGCCCUUCUGUGGUGGGCCUUCAGCCUCUCCACCUGGGUGAGGAUAGAAAUCCCAAGUGGCUCCCAAGUCCUUUUCAGCGCUCUUUUUGCAAUAUGCAGUGGUGAGAUCAAGUGUUGGAUUCCACUAUCAAAAUCAAACGACUACAUCUUUGGUCGAAUUUUCAUGAUCAGCGCCCUUCUUCUCUCCUUCUUCCUGAGCUUUAUACUCCUGGUCUUACCUCAUUCCCUUCCUGAUACCCGGAAACAGUACUUUGUCUUCACAAUCGUCUUCUUCGUCAUAGGUAUCUGUGUGUUCCUUGCAUUACUGCUGCACUCUCUGCAUGUUUUGAAAGUAACCAACUUAUGCAAGGAUGCGAAAAUCACCUUUCUCUACCCUACUUUCAUCCUUUCAUUCAGCGCCAUACUAUUUUUCUUAUCUGGAAUCCUCUGCUUAUUCAGCUCCCAUCAUUGUUGGCUUCAGUGCGUCUUACAGCAACCAAUCCAAGUGAAACCUAUGCAAAUGUCAGUGGUCAGUGGGAACUCAGCAAUGGUCACAGAAAGGACACCGGGUAGAGAUGGCUAGCCUAACCUCAGUGGUGGUGAGAAAGCUGAUUUUAGAAGAAACAUGUCUCACCUGUAAUUCAAGAUUUCACAGCUAUACACACACUCAUUUAAUUACUGCAUAAGACUGGAAAGAGUUGGCUGGUUACUAAUCAUUGUUCAAGAUAUGGCUUAGGAUUCCGGGGACUUAGAUAUUCAUAAGAGAGAAAACACAGUUGGGGUGUGGGGAAGUUGAGUGUUUGGCUCUUGGGGACUUGAAAUGAAAAAAACUUCUCUUCACCUUGAAGAUUCUUCUCUUGGCACCCAUUUCCCAACCCUCUUGCUGGUAUGCCUGGUCUCCUGGCAGUGGUUUUUUUUAGCAGUAACAAAACUCUCUCUCCACUAUAAAGCCUGAGUUUGAUAAAAACAAAUUUUUUUUCUGCUCUCUGGGAAUUUCAUGAGUGGAAUCUUUUCACUACUGUGUUAUUCGGGACUCUUUUUUUUUUUUUUUUUUUGCAUGUAACAAACCUUAUCCAAACUACCUUCAACAAAAAUUGAAUUUAUUGGAUGCAGGGGUUACCUCAUAGACUCAAAAAAGUUCUGGUAGAAUCAGGGCUACAUGAGAGAGUUGGGGAGCUGGAAUCUUGAGAUCAUUUCCUCAGGAUACUAUUUUUUUAAACUAUCCACUGAAGGUUAAUGGAAUUUCUCAAUCCUUAAAAUGGAAGCACUAUCCUAAAUUCCUCUUGCUCAUCACUUUCAAUGAAUCACCAAAGCUUGUCCUUUCCACCUCAACAAGACUUCCGUUCCCCUCCCUGAGCCCUCCUCACUGGUCAUCGUGACCAGGUCUUUGUCAUCCCUGCCCAGACUGUGUCGUCUCUGAAUGUGGCUUGUCCCCCACUGUGGCCUACCUCUGCGAAGCUGCCCAGCUCGAGCUUCCUAAAAUACAGAGAUGAGAAUGUGCUCCUUAAAAGCCUAUUUUGCCUUCUUCUGGCCUUCAGGAUAAAUUCCUUAUCUUGAUAAAUAAAGUUAUUUACAAGUUGGCAUCAACCUA